ACCCGAAGAAGUUGCCCCGAAGCGGAGCGAGACUCGACGGCGCCUGCGUAGCCAUGUGACGUCAUUGGCGAACCGGGCAGCUCGUUCGCUAGACAUUCAGUCUCGCCUCAACGUCGAAGGAGGUUAAACCAGCGGCGUACGUAGCUCGUCGCAAGUAGUAUCACGGAAGUGAUCGGGCACCGAGGGAGUCGGCCAUCGUCGCGCCAAUAAUCGUUUUUUCAAACUCGCACUACACGAAACGUGUGACGGAGAUAAAUCAGUGGGGUUCGUAGUGAACGCACAUUAGAUUGCCGAUUGAAAUCGGGGAGAAUCGACGAGCCCGAAAGGACGAUCUCCGCGAAACGGACGAAGAAGAAGAAUCAAGAAGUAUAAACCGAGCAAAAAGUGUAAGAAGUAAAAAUCGUCUCUCUCUCUCUCUUUCUGUCAUUCGCGAUCGCCGCGUUUUCUUCGCAGCGUCGCCCGUAGUCUGCGCGCAGUUUCGCGUAUCGUAUAGGUUAAAUCGUCGCGUCGCGCAAACGGUCCGAUUGACGUCCGCAGGCAGGCGAGUCGAAACACGUGUCGUCGCAGAGCAGUGUGGCCACGGGAACCGAGGCGGUAGGGUUCGCGUGCGAACGAUGCUUCUGUCAUCGCGCGAGUGACAAGUUCUCGUCCAGCCGUCUCUAGGACACGCCGCGAAGCUUCGAAGUGCCGUCGGCACGGUUCGCGCACGUUUCCGCGAUCGUCGCGUUUCCCAGUGAUCCCUACUAUGCACACUACGAGCACUGCGACACUGCUAUGAGAGAAUGAGCUGCUCGGUGAAGAUCUCGUGUGGCAAGAGCUGGAGCGGAUCGCAGCGGAGGAUCAACUCAUUGGCGGAGGAGCCCGCGGCAGGAGGCGCCGGCUGUUCCGGCCAGGCUGCACAGCAGACGUCGACGUUGGGCACGGCCGCCACGUCCACGACGACCAGCCCCGCGGCCAGCGGCGGCGGAGGCGGACAGAGGAUCGCGUCGCUGCGCCCUGUCAGGUCGAUCGCCGCUAAGAAAGGGGAGGAUACCACGAAACUGCUCAAGUACAUCGAGGAUAACGUCAUCGGCAAGAAUGGCACGUUCUUCGGACCGUUCGGCCGCAGGAAAGUGGUCUAUUGCGACUAUACCGCUUCCGGAAGGUCGCUGCAAUUCCUCGAGGAGUACAUCACCAAGGAGGUGUUGCCAUGCCUAGGCGACACCCAUGCGUCCACUUCUAUCUGUAGCCUGCAAUCGUCUCUGUUCAGACACGAAGCCAGAGACAUCGUGAGACACGCGGUGGGGGCCGGCGAGCAGGAUGCGGUGCUGUUCACGGGUCAAGGCACGGCGGCUGCCCUUCGCGCGCUCCUACGACACCUUGAUCUCACGAAAUCCACGGUGGUGUUCGUCGGACCGUUUGAGCAUCACGCGAAUCUGCGGCCUUGGCGGGAGCAUGGUGUCAGGAUAAUGCGAGUGUCAGAGACCCGGGAGGGUUUCUUGGACCUGAACGAUCUCGAGCGGAGCCUGGCCAAAGUGCGAGCGGAGGGUGUUACGCAAAUGAUCGGCUGCUUCAGCGCUGCCAGUUGCAUAACCGGCGUUUUGGCGGACGACGUCGCGACGACCCUUCUGCUGCACCAAUUCGGGGCGCUCAGCAUCUGGGAUUACACAGCGGCAGCCCCGUACGUCCAGAUCGACAUGAAUCCGCAUUUACCGGGUGUCGGCGAGACAACGGUGCACAAAGACGCGAUUAUUUUUGCCGGACACAAAUUCAUCGGCGGCGUCCAGUCGCCCGGCGUGGUCGUCGCGAAACGGUCCCUGCUCAAGGAUCAAAUUGGCACCGAAGACAUGAGGGACUCCCAUCACUAUCAUCGUGACCCGGAGCUGAGGGAGGAGAGCGGCACUGCCGGUGUCGUCGAGACCAUCAGAUGCGGCCUCGCGGUUCAAUUGAAGGAGAACGUGACGCCGCGCGCUAUCGUUGCCCGGCAAGAUAAAAUCUCCAGGCAAGUGUUGGCCCACGUGCGCACGAUCCCGGAGCUGAUUCUUCUCGGCAGCGGCUCGCAGAACGUCAAGAGAUUGCCCAUCUUCUCGUUCAUGGUGCGUCACCCGCGCGGCACGUUCCUUCACCACAACUUCGUCUGCGCCGUUUUGAACGACGUCUUCGGUAUACAAUCGCGCGGCGGAUGCGCGUGUGCUGGUCGUUACGCUCACGACCUUAUGGGCAUCGACCAAGAACUCGCGAAGGAGUACCAGAAGGUGCUCGCAGACGGCGAGAAGACCACCGACAACGAGGAAACGAACACCGAGGGUCUGCGUCCAGGUUUCGCGAAACUCUCGUUCCCGUACUUCAUGUCCGAAGCGGAGGUAGCCUUCGUGCUCGAGGCCCUGAAGAUGGUCGCGACGGAGGGCUGGAAGCUGCUGCCUCAGUACGUCCUGAACCCGGACACCGGCGAAUGGCGGCACCACACGAACAGCGUGUUCAAAGAACGGAAGUGGCUCAGCUCGAUCCGGUACACCGACGGCAAGAUGAACGCGUCGGAACGCAGAGUGUCCGGCGCCGGCGUGCUGCCUCAGAACUACGGCGACUGUCUUCAGACCGCGCGGAACAUCUUCAACCGUGCGAGAAAGAUGGCGCAGAGAUACCCGUUACAGAUCGACCGCAGCUACAACUUCGUGUCCGAGCGGAUGGAGGCGUUGCGAUGGUUCAUGCUGCCCAGCGAAGCGCAGGAUCUGUUGCUGGGCAACUCGCAGAACGUGAAGCAGGAGGUACCCUUCAAUCCGACGCUGUCCUGGAACCGGCUGGGCCAUCACACGCCGACCACCACGCACGACAACCAGAUCAGCUGCUUGGCCCUGGUGAACAGCAUCCGCCGGCUGAACAGCGACAUCCCGCGCACCGGCAACCUGCAGAUGAUGUCGGCCAGCUCGCCGAGGCACCGAAGCCUGCCGGUGCUCAGCUCGGUCCGGAAGACGCUGCUGAACUCCGCGACCGAGUUCCAGCCUUGCUACUCCAGCGGCAACGAGGAAGAACGGUCUGCGAGCGUGGACCGGAACCAUGGCUCCACGGGUGGCCAGAGGUCGCCGGCCACUUGCCCGAGCUCCCCGAUGCCCGUCAGGUUCGCCGUCGGCGAGGUGGUCACGGCUUCGGCGCUCAGUGCGAUCUCCCACGCCGGCAGCAGGCCUAUAAAGGAAGAAAGAGACUUGAUAGAAGCUGGCAACGCAGGCCGCGCCAGAUGCAACUCCCUGGGCAGCACCGGCGGCGGGGAGAACGCCUCGGUGAACCGCAAGGUCGCCUCCUCCUCGUCCUCCCCCAUCCCGCCACUCCCCCUGAGUCCCCAAACGCUGACCAGUCUAGGCUUGAGCGGGAACAACGGCAACUCCGGCAGGCCCAGGCGGCAUCAUUGCAGCUGCAGCAGCCAGACCGAGCUGAACUCGCUGGAGCUAGAGAGCGGCAGCCCGAGUCACUCGAUCUUGUCCUUCAGCUAUCACAACACGGCCUCGCCGCCGUCCUCGUACUCCUCGGUCGGCGACUACGCGGAGAAGUUCGCGGCCGGCGGCAGGUCCUCGCCGAUCACCGCGAACGGCGGCCAAAGGUCCGAGGACGAUCUGAGCGCGUACGUGAAGGAGGUGACGAAGGAGCUGGCGACGGAGAUCAAGUCCGAGAUCCGGGAGGUGAUCUCGAAGGUGGACGACGCGCUCUCGGAGACGAACACGUCGGAGAACACGCCGCAGCACCACUCGCGGAACGUCGCCGCGCCGAGCGCCGAGGACAAGAUGAGGCACGACUCGUUCACCGCGAGCAACAUAGCCGAGUACCUGAUGGAGUUCUCGAAGGAGAUGGCCAGCGAGGUGAAAUCCGAGAUCAGGUGCAUGGUGAACGCCGUCGACGGGCUGCACAGGCACUCGCCGGACGCCUCCGCCUCCGAUGUUUCCUCCAAUGGCUGCGGCUCGCCGGACAGAGGCAGACCGGUUCCGGCGGCCGCGUCGCCUAGGCUGUCCAGCGGCAGACGAAGCGGCCCGAUCGAGAUCUCGGGGAAGGUCGGCGAGCUGACGCAGCAGGAGAGCAAGAUGUCCAGCGAGUGCUCGUCCGACGAGACGGUGAUCUACGUGAUGAAGCCGACGGAGAGCGAGCAGCUGGCGCGCAGCCAGUCGAAGACCGACGACGAGGAGGUGGUUCACGACCUGGACGACGACCUGAACGACGAGGACGGCCAGGAGAGGGGCGGCUUGGAGAUCGGCGACGCCAGGAAGAUCCUGCCAAAGAUCUACUCGGCGGUGAACUCGGUCAGCUCGCAGGACAGCGGUAUCAAUUUGUCGUUCCACGAGAGCGACAAGUCGCUGGACUCGGUGGACCUGAAGCGCAGCAGCAGCGCCGAGUCGAACUCGACGAACAGCUACGGCCGGAAGCCGAGGGCGGCGUCUAUGACCGGCUUGGUCGGCAAGCCGAACUGCAAACAACAGGUCCGUCAGAACGACGACUUCUCGGAAGACGAGGAGUGCUCGAGCGACUUGAAGGAGGAGGAGGAUCAGGAGGUCGCGUUUGAGGCGAAGGACGGGAAAGCUGACGCGGCGAGGCCGCAGUGGCAUUGCCCGCCGAAGAGCGUGUGGAAGCCAGCCGUCGAGGCUAUACAGGAGUUCGAUAUGAUCAGGGACAACGACAAGGUGCUGGUGUGCUUGUCGAUCAGCGGCAAGGACUCGCUGACCUUGCUGCACACGUUGCAUCAGUACAGAUUUUACGCGAGGUCGAAGGGCAUCGAUUUCCAGAUCGGCGCGGCCGCGGUGGACACGAACGGACAGGACCCCAUCGGUAUGAUGAGCUACCUGAAGACCAUGAGCGUCCCUUAUUUCUACGAGGACCAUACCGGCAAGUCGAGCUGCGAUCCCGGCGACAAUCGGUCCGUGGAUUCUCUGGACGCGAACGGCGCGUGCAGUUUUUGCGAUCGGACGAUCAGAGCGCGGCUAUACUCGAUCGCCAAGCGGCACAAUUACAACGUGCUGGCGAUCGGCCAGCAUCUCGACGACCUCACCGACGGCUUCCUCGUCUCGGUGUUCCACGGCGGCAAGCUGAAAACCAUGAAGGCGCAUUACUACAUCCGCCGGCAGGAUCUUAGGGUCAUCAGACCGUUUGUAUACGUGCGGGAGAAAUCGAUCAGGCAGUUCGCCGAGAGCAAGAAGCUGGUGGCUUCCCAGGAAACCAGGCCGAGCGACCUUGCCGAGGCACAGAAUCAAAGCAAAGAGUCGACGACGCAGCAAGAGCGCACCUAUCCCCGGCUCUCCUGGUCCCUGAGGUCCGCCCUGCGGCCAUUAAUAGACGCGCACGGCCACCGAACAGACUUGGACCUGGCCUGCGCUAACUCGAUCAGCAAUUCGAGUAUCUCCAGCGCUAGCAGCAGCAGCAACGGCGGCAGCGGCGGCGGCGGCGGUCAGCAGAAGAGGCAAAGACGAGUAAAAACCAGCUCCUUGCCAGCGGGAUCCGGAGCCCAGUGCGCGGCGCAGGAGCAAGAGGACAAUGAGGACACCGACGAAGAACCGGUCCUUUGAGGCAGACGGGCAGCGAGAUGGGAUUACAGUCGUUCCUCGGUCCCGUCUUCGCACCGCCGUCGAAAAUUGAGCACGCUCUCCGUCGUUAGGAGAAGGCGACAGCGGUACGCCGCGGCCGUUGCCACCGGCGUUGCUGCUGUGAACGCUCAGAAUCCUGAAGGGGAGCGUUAAGGGAUCCAGAAGAAUUCAUCCGAUG